GGUAAAAGGUCACUAUUUGAUGGGGACUUGUUCUCAGGCGCUCAGUAGCGAACGUGACGUAUCGACCUUCGUGGAUUUUAUAUAAACGUACAAUAAUGUCGCUCCUAAGAGGUGUCUUUAUUGUUUCGGCUAAGAGGACUCCCUUUGGGACAUAUGGUGGCGUUCUUAAAGACCACAGUGCUACAGACUUGGCUGAGCAUGCUGCUAAAACCGCCCUUGUUGCUGCCAAUGUAGCUCCGGAACUAGUUAACAGUGUCAUCAUGGGUAAUGUCAUGCAGAGCUCUGCAGAUGCUGCCUAUAUUGCACGUCAUGUGGGCCUCCGGUGCAGUGUGCCAGUAUCAGUUCCUGCUCUGACUGUGAACCGCCUUUGUGGGUCAGGUUUUCAGUCCAUCAUCAGUGGAGCUCAGGAGAUCUGCCUUAAAGAGUCGGAGAUUGUACUCUGUGGUGGGUCAGAGAGCAUGAGCCAGGCCCCUUAUGCUGUACGCAACAUACGUUUUGGCACCAAGUUUGGCACUGAUUUGAAGCUUGAGGACACACUGUGGGCAGGACUCACAGACCUUCACAUAAAGACCCCUAUGGGCAUCACUGCAGAAAAUCUGGCAGAAAAAUACCAGAUUACUCGAGAGGAUUGUGACCAGUAUGCCUACCAGACACAGCAGAAGUGGAAAGCUGCUCAUGAGGCCAGUUACUUCAAAACUGAAAUUGCACCUAUUGAUGUCAAGGCCAACAAAGGGAAAGUGGUGAUGACCCAAGAUGAACAUCCUCGUCCACAAACUACUCUGGAACAGUUGGGGAAGCUCCCACCUGUGUUCAAGAAAGGGGGCACAGUCACUGCUGCCAAUGCUUCAGGUGUGUCAGAUGGAGCUGCAGCUGUGGUGAUAGCUAGUGAGGAUGCUCUUAAAGAGCACAGGCUCACUCCAUUGGCUAGAAUUGUAGCCUAUCACAUCUCAGGCUGUGACCCAACAAUCAUGGGCAUUGGUCCAGUACCUGCUAUAACAGAGGCUCUGAAGAAAGUAGGACUCACACUGAAUGACAUGGAUUUAGUAGAGGUGAAUGAAGCAUUCGCUUCCCAGUAUUUAGCAGUUGUUAAAGCUUUAGGACUGGACCCAAAAAAAACUAAUGUCAGUGGAGGAGCCAUUGCGCUCGGCCACCCACUAGGAGCCUCUGGGGCCAGAAUCACUGGACACUUGGUUCAUGAGCUCAGGCGACGAGGUGGCAAGUAUGCAGUGGGCUCAGCCUGUAUUGGUGGUGGCCAGGGCAUUGCAGUAAUUCUUGAAAAUACCCAGUGAGCAAAAACAAAGAAGCAUGCAUGUAAAAGAAGAAAGAAAAAUCUCCACAAAUCCAGGGACACCCCGAGUCCCUAAAUUAUUUAACUUGUGACCUUACUUUGUUCAAGUUCUUUUAAUUCUGAUAUGAAUAAAUGUGAUGGGUUUCUGUGGAUGUACACAAUAAAGUAAAUAAUAAUGGAUUGAAAAUGUUCAAUCAGGACUGAAAAGUCUUGCAUGUAGCAUUUACAAAUAUUCAUGUUACACAGAAUUUCUAGCAGGCCUUAUGACACAUCAAUGCGUUCUUUAAUAACACUUUGCAUAAUGGUCACUGUUUUAAGGUAUAUUCUUUGUAGAAAAUGUGCAAUUAAAAAUUAAAUAAACGUGUCCAUAUUUUUCAA